AUGAGAAAUAAAAAAAAAUCAUGGAUUUUAAUCAAAUUUUUUAUUCUUUUAUCAUUAUUAUUUCUAUAUUGUGAAUAUUGUAUAUAUUAUUUAGUAAUAUUUCAAUGCAAAUGGCCAAAAUUAAAUGAAAAUAACAAAGAAUUAAACGUAACGGUACAAAACAAUGAUGAUCAACCAUUAAAAGUAAUGCUUUUGGCAGAUACACAUCUGCUAGGACCCAUUAAAGGACAUUGGCUUGAUAAACUGAAACGGGAAUGGCAAAUGAAUCGUGCUUUUCAAGCAGCAGUUACUAUUCAUAGUCCAGAUAUUAUAUUUAUAUUAGGAGAUUUAACUGAUGAAGGAUCAUGGUGUAGUAAACAAGAAUUUAAUAAUUAUGUAAAUCGAUUUUAUAAAUUAUUUAAGACACCAGAAGGAACAGAUUUAUAUGUUGUUGCAGGAAAUCAUGACAUGGGAUUUCAUUAUGGGAUAACUCCUUAUUUAAAUGAACGAUUUGUAUUAGCAUUCAGUGCGCCAUCAGUCAAAUUAAUAUCAAUAAAAGAUAUUCAUUUUAUUUUAAUAAAUAGUAUGGCUCUGGAAGGUGAUGGAUGCUUUUUAUGUAGACCAACUGAAUUGCAAUUAAAUAAUAUACAAAAAUCGUUAAAAUGCGCUAAGGGUUUAAAGGAAUAUUGUCAUCAAACCAGCGGACAUUUAUCACAAUAUAGUCGACCAAUAAUAUUACAACAUUUUCCAUUAUAUCGUGAAUCAGAUGCUAAACGUUGUGAACAGCCUGAUCCAGAUGGUGCUCCAGAACCAAUAUUUUCAGAAGUUUUGCGGGAGCGCGUUGAUUGUCUGAGUAAAGAAUCAACUUAUGCAUUGCUGAAUGAUUUUGUUCCUCGUUUAGCAAUAGGUGGGCAUACACACCAUUCGUGCCAUCGAAAACAUAAAUUAAAAAAUAAUCUAUUAACUGAAGAAUAUUCAAUUUCAUCAUUUAGUUGGCGGAAUAAAGAAAAUCCUAGUUUUUUAUUAGCAAAAAUUACGGCAAAUAAUUAUGCAAUUGCAAAAUGUCAUAUGCCAAGGGAAAAUACUGUAAAUAUAUUAUGGAUUAUUGGUUUUAUAUCAACAGUAGCAUAUAUUACAUUGUCAGAACGUAAUUCUCGCCGAAGAAGCUGGUUUUACAUGCAUUAUUUUCGAAGAAAAAAACCAUAAAAUCUUUUCUCGUAAAAAUUCCAUUAUUUUUUUUGUUUCAUUUAGGCGGAGGCUUAAGUACAAGGGACUAAGAAUAAGUACUGAUAUAAAAUUUGAUCGGUGAUGUACUGUCGUCUGAAAUGUUCACUGAACUUGAUAAUUUGAUAACUGCAGUGAUAAUUUUACUAAUAAUUCCAUAAAGUUCAUUGAACAUUUCUGCAUCAGAGAUUAAAUAAGGCUCCCAUUUAAAAAGUAUCUUAAUACUUGAUCGCUUGUACUUGCCUUAGCCUUAAACGUCAUUGUAUAAAAAUAAAAUACGUUUCUGUUCAUUGACUCUGUACAAAUUGUUUACAUAUUCCAUUCAAUAGAAAUAAGUAGAUUUUCAACAAUUAAGGUGUAUUUUCAUGAUGACGCUUAACGCCGAGUUUGAGCGUCAAAUUGGGUCCCAUGGCUUGUUUAGGCCGUGCUAUUCCUAGGAUUGAUUUUGACGGUACGGGCUACAUAAACAUUUAAAAUAUUGCAUACAAUUUUAAUUAAAAACAAUGGAAAUCUCUGAAGAUUUAUCAUAUUUUAUCAGGUAGGUUCAGUACCAUAAUUUGACGCUCAAAUCCACCGUCACGUGUCAUUAUGCAUUUACUGAAAUAUUUAUAGUUUACAUAGCUGAAAUUAAAAAUAAACUUUUUUUUUU